GUCAUUCAUGAGAAUACAAUGCUGGCGUACAAGUGAGGAAAGAUUUCAGAGCUGUAAAAUUCGAGUUACGGUGAAGAUACUUACAGCUACAGUGGGAAAUUAAGGAGCCGGUCGCUGGGGUGUAAAAUAGAACAGUCUGUGUGGUGCCUGCUAGAUAUGCUAUCCACUGCACAAAGUUGUUCAAAACCAAGGGAGAGGAUGAAAGGAGCUGGGAACUUCAGGAGAGCACAAGGAGAAAUGCAGGAGCUGGACUCUGCAAACCAUGGGGGAAAGAAACAGUGGCCAAGCAUGACACAAGAGGAAGAGGACCUGAUAAGCAGGCUCCACCACCUGCUAGGGGAUAAUAGGUGGGAACUGAUUGCUAAAAGACUGCCCUGCAGAACAGCAGAAGAAGUGGAGAGCUACUGGAAAAUUAAGGGGAGAGGAGAAUUUGAGAACAACAAGAUCUAUAAGCCUGUCUGUACGAGACUGAGUCCAUCCUUUAAGUUCACAAUGGAUGAACCCUUGGAAGAUACGAAACCAUCACAAAGUGGAUCUUGAAAUACAAGGUUCCUUCACUCCUUUAUUUGGACAAAUAAAUACAUCGCACGUCGUGAACUUCUUGGUCUUAGAAUCUAAAAAAACUUUGCACCACCAACCGUACCCUGUAUAAGUUAUCAGUUGAUCCAUCUUAAUUUAUUGCCGUUAGCUAUGUAACGUUUAACACUUGUGCUUCUUUAGAUGCUGAACUGUCGAGUAUGUUCCAUUUUUUUGAAGUCUACUUUA